AUGUCUAACGCCGAGGAGCCACCGAGAAAAUACAGAACCAAUCCUCCUCCUCCGCCGCCGUCGCUUUCUUCACUACCUGACGAAAUCGUUGUCAAAUGCUUAGCCCUUGUCCCAAGAAGCUAUCACCUAAGCCUCUCAUGGGUCUCGAAACACCUAAGAGCCCUUCUUCGCUCGCCUGAGCUCAACCUCCACAAGACCUCCCUCCAUGUAUGUUUGGAAGAAGGAGAGGACGACGACGAAUCCUUCCACUGGUUUACUCUCAGCGAAACAUCAAAGACAAGGGAGUAUGGGUUAGUCUCGAACCCAACUCUCUUCCCUCCUCAUAAGUACGGUUCUGCAACCGUUGCAUUGGGGUCAAAGAUCUUCUUCAUCGGCGGUUCUACAGAACCUUCCACGGAUCUAUGGAUCCUUGAUACACGAUCUGGAACCAUGACUCAGGGACCAAGCAUGAGCGUGCCUCGAGAACAAUUCGAUGCAGCUGUGGGAGUUAUCGACGGGAAGAUAUACGUUAUCGGAGGCGAAGGGUUUCAUGGAGUGGAAGAGGAAGAGAGCCAAGUUGAAGUUUUUGAUCUAAAGACGGAAACUUGGGAGGUUGCUGGGUCUGAGAAGAUGCGUAAUAUCUUACGAUGUAGUGCCUCGGUGGAGGGGAAGCUUUAUAUGGUGGACUACGAGGAGACCAAUUUGUACAACCCAAGAGAAUGUGAAAGAGAACGGUUGGUUCAUAUGGUUAGCGAGAAACUCUCUGAGGGUGGAAGAAAGGAUAUGUUAAAUGAUACAGCGUAUAUUGUGUGUGUGGUGGAAGAUAUUCUCUUUGCUUUCUUUAGGUUGAAUGGGAUUCUGUGGUUCGAUACAAAACUCAGUGUGUGGAGAAGAUUGGUGGGUCGUGAUGGGAAGCAACUACCCUCUUUUUUCUUACAUGAUACUGCCAUGGCAGAGAACAACGGAAGGCUUGUGGUUUUGUGGGAUGAAAUUGAAGUUGAUAAUACGAUUUCCAAGAAUGUUGAGUCUAUGUUGGUCUCACUUGAUAGAUCUGGAGAUAAGAUUUGUGGGACCAUCGAUUGGUCUGGUAUUGUGGCUACUGUCCCAUAUUCUUUUCGAUUUCUGCAUUGUUUAUCUGUUUCUGAUUGAUGGAUCAUAUUCAUAGUAUGUGUUCUUGAAAGCAAGUUGUUUGGUAAUUAGAAAGGAUUAACCAAAUUAGGAUAUGAAGCUUUGUGAAAUGAAGGCAUAUGUUUGUAAAACUGCAUCUUGC